AUGUCCAUGAAACAGAUAUUCCAGAGCACACAGCAUUCACACAGCCUGGAGAAAUGCCCACCUUACGCAAAAGUUCCCAAUGGCAAAAUACUCGGGAAUCUUCAUUGUGACGGAACAAAACGCUUACUGAAAUGCGACAAUGGUUACGCGCCAAAGGACAGAACCUAUGUGCAAAGCGUGUGUAAGGACAGGCAACGGACCAAUAUAACACAGUGUGUACCAGAGAAAUGCGUUCAUAAUCAGGACACGUUUAAAAGCUCCACUUACACCUUCGCCAUAGAUAGCCGCCGGAAUUAUACAGAUAGUGUGGCAUUUUGUCAAUACUGUGGCUACCGUGUUGUAACGAUUGAGUCUGAAGAUGAACAAAGCUUUUUGGCGAAUAAAAUGAGCAGAUUCGUUCCUUAUCCGCAACCUUACACUUCAGGUGACAAUGACGGCUUCUUACUGGACUUCUACAAUACGGGACACAGCGUUUUGCGAAUGGACGACAACACACAUAUCUCAUACAGCAAUUUCCGUGCUAACGAGCCAAGUAAUGGGACCGAACCUAAGAUUGCUGCCAUGGGUACAGAUAAUUGGCUUUGGCAUGACGUUCCAGAGCAGGAUAGAUUCCAAACCGUUUGCGAGAGUGACAUAUAGGAAUACAAUGUGUUUUUUUGUAAAUAAUAGGGUGAUGUAUUCUAUUAAUGAUCGUCCUCCUUAUCUACACACGGAAAAGAUGCGUAUUGCCGAUGCAGUAGACCAUAUAAUA